ACGUCGCACCGCCUGUCAUCCUGCACGGACCUGCUGCUGCCGCUUCAGUCCACCGUCCCGUCCCGCUCAGCACCGACAGGAAGCACCGACACACCGACAGACAGACAGACCGACGGUGGAGCCCCGCUGCAGACACGCGCACAGCCGCAUGAAGGACGGAACCGGCGCUGCUGGAUCCAAACACUGAGCUUCUGAAGGACACAGGUGUUGUGUGGCCGUGCUGACUGGAGCUGAGCCAUGGACGAUGGGAAGCCUGUGUGGGCGCCCCACCCCACCGACGGGUUCCAGCUGGGCAUGAUCGUUGACAUAGGAGCCGACGCGCUCACCAUAGAACCGCUGAACCAGAAGGGCAAGACUUUUCUUGCUCCGAUGAGCCAAGUCUUCCCAGCAGAGGACGACGUCAACAAACACGUAGACGACAACUGUUCCCUCAUGUACUUGAAUGAAGCCACUCUUCUGAACAACGUCCGAGUCCGAUACAUCAAAGACCACAUCUACACUUAUGUGGCCAAUAUCCUGAUAGCUGUUAAUCCUUACUACGACAUACCAAAACUGUACGGACCCGACGCCAUCAAGUCGUACCAGGGGAAGUCUCUGGGCACGCUGCCACCUCACGUCUUCGCUAUAGGUCAGAGCUGUCAUCUCAUCCCGUCCUGCAGAUAUCUGACCACAACGUACGGAAGCGGUCAAGAUAUCGAUGAGAGGAUUGUAGAAGCGAAUCCCCUUCUGGAGGCCUUUGGAAAUGCAAAAACAGUCCGGAACAACAACAGCAGUCGCUUUGGGAAGUUUGUAGAAAUCCAUUUUAAUGUCAAGAAUGCAGUCGUAGGCGGAUUCGUGUCCCACUACCUGUUGGAGAAGUCGAGGAUUUGCAUGCAAAGCAACGACGAGAGGAACUACCACAUCUUCUACAGGCUGUGUGCCGGGGCGUCCGAGGACCUGAAGAAGAAACUACACCUGGACUCUCCGGACAGCUUUAGGUACCUGAACCGAGGAUGUACCAGAUACUUUGCCAGCAAGGACUCGGAUAAACAAAUCAUGCAGAACCGCAAGAGUCCUGAGCAUAUAAAGACGGGCGCCCUGAAAGACCCUCUCCUGGACGACCAGGGCGACUUCAACAGGAUGUGCGUGGCCAUGAAGAAGAUCGGGCUGGACGACACCGAGAAGCUCGACCUGUUCAGGGUCGUCGCUGGCGUUCUGCAUCUGGGCAACAUUGACUUUGAGGAAACGGGGAGCUCCUCAGGUGGUUGUGUGCUGAAGAACCAGUCCGACCAGACUCUGGGCUACUGUGCUGAUCUGCUGGGCCUGGACCAGGACGACCUGCGCGUCAGCCUCACGACGAGGGUCAUGCUCACUACAGCAGGGGGCGCUAAAGGAACAGUUAUCAAGGUGCCUCUAAAGGUGGAACAAGCAAACAAUGCGCGAGAUGCCCUGGCCAAGGCGGUGUACAGCCGCCUCUUCGAUCAUGUGGUCAAGCGAGUAAACCAGUGUUUCCCCUUCGAGACCUCCUCCAACUUCAUCGGAGUGCUGGACAUCGCUGGGUUUGAGUAUUUUGAGCACAACAGCUUUGAGCAGUUCUGUAUCAAUUACUGCAAUGAGAAACUGCAGCAGUUCUUCAACGAGCGCAUCCUGAAGGAGGAGCAAGAGCUCUAUCAGAGGGAAGGGCUGGGAGUGAAUGAGGUGCAUUAUGUUGACAACCAGGACUGCAUCGAUCUGGUCGAAGCGAAGCUGGUGGGAAUCCUGGACAUUCUGGACGAAGAGAACCGUCUUCCUCAGCCCAGCGACCAGCACUUUGCUCUGGCCGUCCACAGCAAGCAUAAAGACCACUUCAGACUGACGGUUCCCAGGAAGUCCAAGCUGGCCGUCCACAGGAACCUCCGGGAUGACGAGGGCUUCAUCAUCAGGCACUUUGCUGGAGCGGUCUGUUAUGAAACGACUCGGUUCGUGGAGAAGAACAACGACGCCCUCCACAUGUCCCUGGAGAGCUUAGUGUGUGAAUCGAAAGACAAAUUUGUCCGAGAGCUGUUUGAGAACUCCAGCACCUCCAAGGACACCAAACAGAAGGCCGGCAAGCUCAGCUUCAUCAGCGUCGGCAACAAGUUCAAGACCCAGCUGAACCUGCUCCUGGAGAAGCUUCGCAGCACCGGAUCAAGUUUUAUCCGCUGCGUCAAACCCAACCUGAGGAUGGUCAGCCACCAGUUUGAAGGGGCUCUGAUUCUGUCACAGCUGCAGUGCUCAGGGAUGGUGUCAGUGCUGGACCUGAUGCAGGGCGGCUUCCCGUCCAGGGCGCCGUUCCACGAGCUCUACAACAUGUACAAGCAGUACAUGCCGGAUAAACUCACACGACUCAAUCCACGGCUCUUCUGCAAGGCUUUGUUCAAAGCUCUGGGACUAAACGACAACGACUUCAAGUUUGGAUUAACAAGAGUGUUCUUCCGCCCCGGAAAGUUUGCUGAGUUUGACCAGAUCAUGAAGUCGGACCCGGACCACCUGGCAGAGCUGCUGAAGAAGGUCAACAAGUGGUUGCUGUGCAGCCUGUGGAAGAAGGUGCAGUGGUGCUGCCUGUCCGUCAUCAAACUUCGGAACAAGAUGAGCUACCGAGCUUUGGCCUGCAUCAAGAUCCAGAAGACCGUCCGCAUGUGGUUGUGUAAGAAGAAGCACAAGCCGCGAAUCGAUGGGAUGGUGAAGGUCCGAACCCUGAAGAAACACAUGGAGCGGUUCAACAAGGUGGUGAACGGGCUGAAGGAGGGCAAGCAGGAGAUGGCCAAACAAGUUCAGGAGCUGGCUGCCGCCAUAGAUGCUCUGCUGGCCAAGAUAAAGGCCACCGUGAUGACCUGGAAGGAGAUCGACUCCGAGUACCAGGGGCUGGUGAAACGCUCCGAGAAGCUGCUGUCCUCCAUGCAGAAGAAGAAGCAGGAGGAGGAGGAGAGCGAGAGGCUGAAGCACAUCAAGGAGGAGAUGGAGAAAGAGAGGAAGAACCGGGAGAAGGAGGAGCAGCGGCGCAAACAGGAGGAAGAGGACCGACGACUGAAAGCAGAGAUGGAGCUGAAAAGAAAGCAGGAGGAGGAGGACAGAAAAAAGAGGAAGGAGGAGGACAAAGUUCUGCAGGCGGAGCUGGAAAUCCAGUUGGCUCUGGAGCGCGAGGAGCAGGUCCAGCACGCCGCCAUACUGGAGCAGGAGAGGAGGGACCGGGAGCUGGCCAUGAGAAUCGCUCAGAGCGAGGCGGAGCUCAUCACUGAGGAGGCGCAGCUGGAUGCAGCGCUGCGCAGCGAUGGGCUUCUUCCUAUUUCUGCAACCUCAGCCAGAUCCAUGGGUCCUCAGGUGCAGGCGACCAAAGCUGCUGCCGGCGUGAAAAAGUACGACCUCAGCAAGUGGAAGUACGCCGAGCUGCGAGAUGUCAUCAACACUUCCUGUGACAUUGAGCUGCUGGCAGCCUGCAGAGAGGAGUUCCACCGCCGCCUCAAGGUCUACCACGCCUGGAAGUCCAAGAACAAGAAACGCAACGACGACGGGAGCGAUCAGAGGGCUCCUAAAUCUGUCCUGGACUACGCUGAGCAGAACCCGGCUCCGCCGAUGACGGCCCAGCACCAGGAAGUGGCCAUGAACCGGCAGCAGCGUUAUUUCCGCAUUCCUUUUAUCCGACCCGCUGACCAGUACAAGGACCCCCAGAACAAGAAGAAGGGCUGGUGGUAUGCCCACUUCGACGGGCCCUGGAUAGCCAGACAGAUGGAGCUGCACCCAGACAAACGGCCCAUCGUGCUGGUCGCCGGUAAAGACGACAUGGAGAUGUGUGAGCUGAGUCUGGAGGAGACGGGUUUGACCAGGAAGAGAGGGGCGGAGAUCCUGCCCCGGCAGUUCGAAGAAAUCUGGGAGCGCUGCGAUGGGAUCCAGUACCUGAAGAAAGCCAUCGAGAACAAGCAGGCCCGCCCAACCCACGCCACCGCCAUGCUUCAGAGUCUCCUCAAGUGAACCGCGACGUCAGACCGCUGCUGAAACACGACACUGAUGCACCUGUGGGAUGUGAGGAAGUCACCGCAGACAGAGAUGCUCUGAACACAACCCUCCUGUAGGCGCUCAGCGCUUCAUCCGCUGAACCGUCUUUAGCUGUAUGUCGUUUAUUUUUUAAAUGUCUUUGCAUUUUGCUGUGAAGCACCUUGUCGGUGCAGCAUUAACACUAGUCUUCUUCCUAAUCUAUGCUUGAAUGGAAUGUCCCACCGUGAGGCCUUGAAAUGCAAAAUCUGCACACCACUGAGUCUUAACCGGUGCACAGCCUGCACAGCUAUAAAGCUGGAACCUGAUUUACUGGACAGGGAGUCUGUGUGGAGAUGCUUUUAAUGGCGUGUGGCCGAGCCGUGAAGUCAUGCUCUAUGCUAAUAUUACGACUAUAAUUAUCGUUUAGUGUCUCUGAAUAUGUCUCAUGUUGGUAGAAUUAAUUGCAUUUUCAACACACGGGCAGUUUGUAAAAUAAACAGCUGCUGAUUUUCUCUCUCAGAUUUGGUGACAAUCAUGAAGUCAUAUGAAGGGAAUAAGUUGUUUAAUCUGAAGUAAAACAUAAAAGAUUUGAACUGCGAUGAAGUUUUUAGAUCACUUUAACAGCUCCGUGAAGCAGAACGUACUUUUUCUUGCAGGAUCACUUUUUCAUAACAUCUUCUUACUCGUUUUCUUUACGUCGACUCUUGAGAUUCUUAAAAAGGGAACUUUUUUUUUUGUAUUGUUGCUCGUUUGUUAAGCGAGAGGGAAACGUUUUCAUGUUCUCAUGUUUGCAGUUUUGUGGCUUUGGGCUUGUUUUACAGUCAGUAAUGUCAUUUGUGUGUGUGUGUGUGUGUUCAUGUGAUAUUUUAUUAAGCUGAUGACUUGACUCCUCCGUUUGAUAGACCAGGACCUGUUGUUUAGACUCACUGUGGUCGACUUUCCUGUAACUGCUGAGUCACUGUCACGUGUCCCGUCUCACUGGACUGCUGUAGGAAAUAAACCUGCUCCUGGAUUGUU